AUGGCCCGGGGCCUCGGCCCGCUAGGCCGCCCCCAGCCCGGCCCCGGCCCCGGCCCCGGCCCCGGCGCCAUGCCCAGGAGGGGCAAGGCACGCAAGGCCCGGGGCCGACACGCCUGCUCCGACACAGUGACCGUGGCAGAUUAUGCCAACUCAGAUCCGGCUGUCGUGAAGUCUGGACGUGUCAAAAAAGCAGUUGCCAAUGCAGUUCAGCAGGAAGUGAAGUCUCUGUGUGGCUUGGAAGCCUCCCGGGUCCCGACGGAAGAAGCCCUCUGUGGGGCCGGAGAGCCAGGCGGCAGCGGCGAUGAGCUGGAUGCCCUGGAGGACGGCCCCAGCGAACGAACGCUCUCCAGAAAGAAGAAAAGCAAGAGGCACAAAGAAGCCCCCGAGGGGGCCGUUGGAGAAGAAUAUCCCAUGGAUAUUUGGCUGUUGCUGGCCGCCUACAUUCGUCCUGAGGACAUAGUGAAAUUUUCCCUGAUUUGUAAGAACGCCUGGACCGUCACUUGCACUGCCGCCUUUUGGACCAGACUUUACCGAAGGCACUACACGCUGGAUGCCUAUCUGCCCCUCCGUUUGCGGCCGGAGUCUAUGGAGAAACUACGCUGUCUCCGGGCUUGCGUGAUCCGGUCUCUGUACCACAUGUAUGAGCCGUUUGCCGCUCGGAUCUCCAAGAAUCCGGCCAUUCCAGAGAUCACUCCCAGCAUUUUAAAGAAUUCCAAAUGUCUGCUCUUCUGGUGCAGGAAGAUCGCUGGGAACAGACAGGAACCAAUGUGGGAGUUUAACUUCAAGUUCAAAAAGCAGCCUCCCAGAUUAAAGAAUAAGUGUGUGGGAGGGUUACAACCCCCUAUUCAGUAUGAGGAUGUCCACACCAACCCAGACCAGGACUGCUGCCUGCUGCAGGUCACCACCCUCAACUUCAUCUUCAUCCCAAUUGUCAUGGGCAUGAUCUUCACCUUGUUUACCAUAAACGUGAGCACGGACAUGAGGCACCAUCGUGUGAGACUGGUGUUCCAGGAUUCUCCCAUCCACAAUGGCCGGAAGCUGCGCAGUGAGCAGGGCGUGCAGGUUGUCUUGGACCCUGUGCACAGCGUGCGGCUCUUUGACUGGUGGCACCCGCAGUACCCCUUCUCCCUGAGGGCAUAAAUCCUAAUCCCCGCUGCCGGGAGCCAGCCAGGAAGGCGGCGGCUGAAUUAUGUUCCCCAUCUAAUACUGCCUGGCUUUCUGGCGCUUUCCUGUCGCGAGGGGAAGAAUCGAGGCGGGUGGUGGGGCGGCCGGGGAGAGUGAUUUGUAAACACGUUUUCAUUUACAUUUUAUGAUUUCAAAGGAGAAACCCGGCCCUGAUUUCUGCUUUAAACCCCUCCUUUGGUGCUAAUGAGA